AUGUGUGGUGACCAACCAGCAGCAAAUGUCCAUGUGAAAUUAUACGAUGAGGAUCAAGGUGAUCCUGAUGAUGUGCUAGAUAACACUUAUACUAAAGCAGACGGAUUAUUCAGUUUAAGCGGUUUCGCUUCCGAAAUCACGCCAAUCGAUCCAGAAUUACGGAUAUAUCACGACUGCAAUGAUAAUGGGAGGGUGAGCCAAAUAAUCAAUUAAUA